AUUUAUUUUAGCUUUUAAUUUUUCAGAGAAGAGUAACAAGAAGAAUGAAUACUUCUCUCAUAAAUGUUCCUCAGGGUCAGUUAACAUUCAAGGAUGUGGCUGUGGACUUCUCACAGGAGGAAUGGGAAAGUCUUGACCGUGCUCAGAGGGCAUUGUACAUGGAUGUGAUGUUGGAGAAUUACAACAAUCUGCUUUUUGUGGAGGAUCAUGGCAUGUGCCAUAAAUAUGAGAACAUCUUAGAUCAAGACCUACAGCAUAUUGUCCACGAGCAUGUGAAUAUCCACGUGAAGUCUUAUAAAUAUCAUGAGCUUGUUAAAAUCAUUCAUGAAUCCACCCAAAGUACACCUUAUAAACCCAACCUCAGGGAUACACCUGUUGAAUCAUCAAACCCAAGCAGGCUUCAAACUGGAAACAACAGAGAACCUUGCAACUAUAAAAAGCCAGCAAACUGUUUAAAUUCCUGCUCUACCAUCAGUUUACCUCAGGGAAUCCACAGAGGAAAGAAAGAAUACAAUGGUACAGAGCUUGAUAAAGAUUUUGACUCUAAAGAAAAACUCACACUGGAACAAACGAAUAAUAGGAAGAAACCAUACAAAUGUAGUGAAUGUGAAAAAUGUUUUGCCAUGAAACGCAAUCUUAGAGUUCAUCAACGAAUUCAUAUUGGAAAGAAACCUUAUAAAUGUAGUGAAUGUAACAAAUGCUUCACCGACAAAGGCUAUCUUAGAGUUCAUCAGCGAAUUCAUACAGGAGAGAAACCUUAUAAAUGUGGUGAAUGUGACAAAUGCUUCACCGACAAAGGCUAUCUUAGAAUUCAUCAGCGAAUGCAUACAGGAGAGAAACCUUACAAAUGUAGUGCAUGUGACAAAUGCUUUCCCCACAAAGGCAGUCUUAGAAGACAUCAGAGACUUCAUACAGGAGAGAAAACUUGCAAAUGUAGUGAAGGUGACAAAUGCUUCUCCCAAAUUGGUGGUCUUAGCAAACAUCGGAAAAUUCAUACUGGAAAAAAACCUUACAAAUGCAGUGAAUGUAACAAAUGCUUUCGUGACAAAAGUGGCCUUAGAAGUCAUCAGAUAAUCCACACAGGAGAGAAACCAUACAAAUGUAGUGAAUGUGACAAAUGCUUUUCCUACAAAGCCAGUCUUAAAAGUCAUCAGCGAAUUCAUACAGGAGAAAAACCUUACAAAUGUAGUGAAUGUGACAAAGGCUUUACCCAAAAAUUCAGUCUUACUAUUCAUCAGAUAGUUCAUACAGGAGAUAAAGGUUACACAUGUAAUGAAUAUGACAAAUGUUCCUCCCAAAUUGGUGGUCUUAGCAAACAUUUGAAAAUUCAUACUGGAAAAAAACCUUACAAAUGCAGUGAAUGUGACAAAUGCUUUCGAGACAAAAGUGGCCUUAGAAGUCAUCAGAUUAUCCACACAGGAGAGAAACCAUACAAAUGUAGUGAAUGUGACAAAUGCUUUACUCACAAAGCUUAUCUUAGAAGACAUCAGAGCAUUCAUACGGGAGAAAAACCUUACAAAUGUAGUGAAUGUGACAAAGGCUUUACCCAAAAAUUCAAUCUUAUGAUUCAUCAGAUAAUUCAUACACGAGAAAAAGGUUACACGUGUAGUGAAUGUGACAAAUGCUUCACCCACAAGGGCUAUCUUAGUAUUCAUCAGAGAAUACAUACACGAGAAAAAGUUCACAGAUGUAGUGAAUGUGACAAGUGCUUUACCAAGAAAUAUCUUCUUAGAAUGCAUCAUAGAGUACAUUCAGGAGAGAAACCUUACAAAUGUAAUGAAUGUGGCAAAUACUUUGUGCAAAAAGGCGGUCUUAUUAUUCAUCAGAGGAUUCAUACAGGAGAGAAACCUUACAAAUGUAGUGAAUGUGACAAAUGUUUUGCUCUGAAAGGCAAUCUUAGAAUUCAUCAGCGAACUCAUACAGGAGAGAAACCGUACAAAUGUAGUGAAUGUGGCAAAUACUUUGCCCAAAAAAGCAGUCUUACUAUUCAUCAGAGAAUUCAUACAGGAGAGAAACCUUACCAAUGUAGUGAAUGUGAGAAAUGCUUUACCUGCAAAAGCAGUCUUAAUGUUCAUCAGAGGGUUCAUACAGGAGAGAAGCCUUUCAAAUUAGUGAAUGUGACAAAUGCUUUUCCCACAGAAGCAAUCUUAGAAAACAAGAGAGAAUUUAUACAGUAGAAAAAUGUUUCAAAUAUGAAUGUGACAUGAUUUCCCCGAAAAUUCAGUCCUCUUAUUCAUCAGAGAAUUCAUACAGCAGAGAAACCUUUCUUAUGUAGUGAAUUUGACAAAUACUUUACCUGCAAAAGCAGUCUUAGAAUUCAUCAGAGAAUUCAUGCAGGAGAAAAACCUUAAAAAUAUAGUGAAUGUAAUGAAUUCUUUAGCGAGAAACAGUCUUAGCACUCAUCAGAGAAUGUGUACGGUAGAGAAACUUAACAAAUGAAGUGAAUGAGAAAAAUCAUGCCCAAGGGAGAUCAUCUUAGAGUUUAUCAGAGAAUAUAUACAAGAGAGUCCUUAUAAAUGUAGUAAAUGUACAAAUCUUUUACUGUUGGUUCAUUAAAGAAUGCUUACAGGAGAAAAACCUCCGACAUGUAAUGUAUGAGACUUUCAUUUUCCCAAAUCUCAGAACUAAGAAAAUACCUGGAAAUUUUUAGUCAGAAAAGUGUCCACUGGAAAAAAAUCUGGCAUGUACUUUAUUCAAGCUGUAUUGUGCCGGGCAGUGGUGGUGCAUGUCUUUAAUCCCAGCACUUGGGAGGCAGAGGCAGGCAGAUUUCUGGGUUCGAGGCCAGCCUGGUCUACAGAGUGAGUUCCAGGACAGCCAGGACUAUAAUUAGAAACCCUGUCUCGAAAAACCAAAAAAAAAAAAAAAAAAAAAGCAGCUGUAUUGUUUGCAACACUUGAGGCUCCACACUAAAGAAUUGUUUAUUGUGUGUAUUAGAAACAUGUGUAAGUGUUUAAUUAAUACUCAAAUCUUCAAAAGUACCCAAGGUUUAUGCUGAGAGAAACUGAAAAUGUGACAAGGAAAUAUUUCAUUAAAAGUUUUUACUUGUUCACUUUCAAACUUGUCAUAAUGAAGAUGUGUUGGAGAAGGUAGAAAUAUAUGGAAUUGUGUAAAGUUUCCUAAAGUCUAAAAUGAUCUACUUCAGAAAGCAGCUGGGAAAUACAUAUCUCAAACUAGAGUAAAACAGACAGCAUUUGUAUGCUUAACUCAAAUUAAGAUACUUAGAAAAUUAUACUUCUUAAAAGUGGAUUUGCAACCUGAGUCACAAAUAUAGGAUGCUCUUUAUACUGUAGAUAUGCCUAUGGAUAUGCAGUUUCUUGCCAGAGUCCAGUAUUCAUAAUCUGUAUCUUACAAUGUUUUUAUUUCAGGAUAGCAAUUGUCACUGAGUCCCUCGGGCUCUCAUUUCCUAACUCCUUCCCCUGAGGCCUGUAUGAAACUCCAAUAAAGAUCAUUGGUUCAAAA